UUGACGCACGUCAUACACGCUCGCCGGUAGCUUGCGCCACCAUCCAAGAUGUCUGCUACUUCUUUGCUCCCCAUGUGUGUACGCGCGAGCCGGGGUCUCCUGAGGCUCAGGACCGGGCCGGCGGGGGCCUGCUCCCCGGUCGUGCUGGACAUUGUCCGUAAGCUUUCCACCGACAAGCCGACGGCGGGAACGGGCAGAGGCACGGGUGGACUGGCCCAAGCCGUCCUCCAGGAGAAACUCCAGCAACAACAGCAGAGUCCGGGCCAGCCUCCCCCCGGGGGGGAGGAGAGCGGGAGGCAGGGAGAAAAGGCGGAGGACAGGAAGCAGAAGGAGAAAAAUGCCUAUUCCAAGAAGAUGCUGCUACAGUUGGCUGGACUCAUGGGCAUCGGUGGGGCAGUGAGCAUCGUCUAUAUAUUCGGCACCAAUUCAGUAGAUGAACAAGGGAACAUGAUUCCAGAUGAGUUCGACAAUGACCCUCCAGUUCUCCAACAGUUGAAGAGAACCUUUAGGUAUUUCAAGGAUUACAAACAGAUGAUCAUUGAGCCCACGAGUCCGAAGCUCCUGCCCGACCCUCUGAAGGAGCCGUACUACCAGCCUCCGUACACGCUGGUGCUGGAGCUCACUGACGUCCUGCUGCACCCGGAGUGGUCGCUGUUGACGGGUUGGCGCUUCAAGAAACGUCCAGGCAUCGACUACCUGUUCCAGCAGCUUGCACCGCUCUACGAGAUCGUGAUCUUCACUGCGGAGACCGGCAUGACAGCGUAUCCGUUGAUUGACAGCAUCGACCCUCAGGGUUUCAUCAUGUAUCGCCUGUUCAGAGAUGCCACACGCUACAUGGAGGGACAUCACAUUAAGGACGUGUCCUGUCUGAACCGCGACAGCAGUAAGGUGAUCGUGGUGGACUGUAAACGGGAGGCGUUCAGUCUGCAGCCCUUCAACGGCAUGGCUCUGAAGAAGUGGGACGGGAACUCGGACGACCGGACGCUCUACGACCUCGCCAACUUCCUCAAGACCAUCGCUCUGAGCAGGGUGGAGGACGUUCGCACAGUGCUGGAGAACUACGCUCUGGAGGACGAUCCCAUCGAGGCCUUCAAGCGCCGACAGGCUCAGCUGGCACAGGAGGAGGAGCAGCGUCUGGCCGAGCUCUCCCAGCAGAAGAAACAGGGACUCUCGUUUGGCUCCAUUGCGUCACGGUUCUGGCGCUCCAAGCAGCAGUGAGCCCCGCCCUCUCCAAGACUUCCACCAAUCACAGCUGAGGCGGUAGAUCUGCGUGUUGUAGCCGAGCCGCUCACCUGCUGUGUUGGAACCAAGCCAGGAGAUUGGUGGACCUCUGCACCAAUCAGGGGCUCAGCCUGGUCAUCUCAAGGCAGGAGGCCCCACCCCUGGUCAACCUGGUGUCACCUGACGCGGCUCAAGCUGCUGAUUGGUUUGAAAAAUGAGGAUCCCUGUCAGGAAAAAGCUCCCGCUGUUGGUGGUGGAGGCGGAUCUGAGACCAGCGCUGCUAUCGCCACUCAAGCUCUGGUUGUCCCCACCACUCUCAGGAUCUGACCUGGGAUCAGUAGUGUCAUAUAUUUGUUUCUCAGAUUUUGCUGAUUGGCUACUGAAUUGUCAAACAAUGUUGUUUAUACAAAGCUAUUCUGAAAUUCACUGUCGGAGCGUCGACCGCUGGGCCAGAGAAGGAUUAAAACAGCUUGAUUCAGAUUUCUUCCUCAUCGCUUUCAUUCCACAGCUUCAUAUCUUGUGCUCUGCCUCUGUUUUUAGGGUCAGACCCCAUCAUUUAACAGACCCCAACUAUGUGUGGUGAUGUCGCUGCUGUGUCUGGCUGGUUUGAAAUGGAGCCGCUGAUUGGGGUCAAAGGGGUCAAAGCGCCCACGCUGAGUGUGGUCGUGGUCACAGACUGGUUACUGCUUUUCACACGAUCUGGAGAUGUUUGACAGAAGGUCUGCUGCUUUCAGGGCUCGGCUGCAGUUGAAGGUUCAUGUUGAUGUAAACUCUCAAACUUUAUCCUCAAUAAAUCAAACCAAUGUGCUGUUGGGUUUUAAGUGGU